UCCUUCUCCCUGCAUCUGCGAUUCUAAAUCCGAAGCCUUGCAUCUGCAAGCCGCAGCCUCUCAAGUUCUCAACUCUCAAGCCUGCCUCGCCUGCCUCACUCUCGCAUAUUGACUCCGUCUCGCGUCGCUCUCUCUCUCUCUCUCUCUCUCAACUCGCUGUCUCCGACUCUCCGUCGCUCCCUCUCUCAACUCGCCGUCUCUCGUCGCCAAGCAAGAACACAGAGAAAGAUUGAGAAAGACGAGCGGAGAGUGAGAUGCUGAGAUAGAGGGAGAAGCUGAGAAACAAGCUAAAGAUAGCUAUUGUUGGAUAUUGCUUCCUCGGGUUAGUGAUUGGAUGAUGCCUUUUGUAGACCAGUGGUUCGUUAUAUAUAUGGUGUAUUGAUUUGCUUUAUCUUCGCAUUUAAAGCUGUUGACUUCUUAAGCCGAGACUCGAGAGUUCAUUUGGGGAUUGAGCAACAAGGUGGUGGCUGAUCUCGGUUGUAGCUGUGUAUAUUAGAAGGAGAUGGAAGUCACUACGGCAAUCACUCAGGCAAUCGCUCAGCAAAUCGCUGAUCGUCAGUUUGCGGUAGGGGGCAUGUUUAGAGGAGACAAGGACGAAGAUUGGAAAUCUUUAUUGCAGAAUGCAGCACAAGCCCAUUUGGUAGUGGCUGCACUGAUUACAACCGUGACCUUUGCAGCAUGUAUUACCAUGCCUGGGGGUUUUGCGAGUAGUGGAGAAGGCUCACACCCAGGCUCUGCACUUCUGAGAAAAAAUGCUGCUUUCAAAGCAUUCGUUAUCACAGAUACCAUAUCAAUGGUGUUGUCAAGUUCUGCUGUCUUUAUCCACCUAUUGAUGCCAUUUCUUUUCUACAAGCAUUACGAUGAACGCCAUCGCACGCAAGUUUUCAUUCUGGCCUCCAUCCUCAUUUUGGGGGCCAUGAUAACAAUGGUACUAGCAUUUGUCACGGCCACAUAUGCUGUGUUAGUGCCUUCCAUGAAUCUUGCCAUUCCCAUCUGUAUCAUUGGCCUAACCUUCUUCGUUAUCCUCAUCCUUGUGUAUCGGAAAUUUAUAAAGGGUGUGAUGGAUCAUGAAUCAAGGAUGCCUGAUGUAGAUGUGAUAUCUGAUCGACAAUCACAUUAAGUGAGAAGUGUAGUCUGAAUUAGUUUUCUUGUUACUUAAUUUGGCAUGUUAUGAAUUGAUGAUCCAUAUAUCAUAACUGACAUUUGAUGUGUUAAUUUGCCGAAGACAUAUAUAAUAUAGCCGUUGUAUA